AUGUCGCCCCGGGUGCUGCGGGAGUUCCAGGCAUGGAUGGAAAGCGUGGGAAUCGAGCCAAACAGCGACGCCAUCGAGCUGGUGGACGCCGCCCAGGGGUGCAGCGGCCUGGCACUCGGCGUGCGGGCGGUUCGCGAUGUGGCCGAGGGAGAGCGGCUGUGCGCCAUCCCCAAGGCCGCCUGCCUGUCCAUCCGCACCACGCAGCUGGCCGACGUGAUCGAGGCCGAGGAGCUGGGUGGCGGGCUGGGGCUGGUGCUGGCGGUGAUGCAUGAGAUGAGCCUCGGGGCAGAGUCGCGGUGGCACGGCUACUUUGCGGCGCUCCCGCCGCGGGAGUACCUGCCGCUCUUCUGGAGCGACGCGCAGCUCCGCCUGCUGGCGGGCACGGAGCUUGAAGGCAGCGCGGAGAGCGACAGGGAAGCCUCCGCCGAAGACUUUGAAGAGCAUGUGCUGCCCCUGCUGCACAAGUACCCGGGCCGCCUGCGCCCCGCCGCCUGCACCUUAGACCGCUUCCGGGUGGCUGCCUCCUUUGUGGGCUCCCGCGCCUUUUGUGUGGAUGAGUGGCACGGCGAUGCCAUGGUGCCUCUGGCCGACAUCUUCAACCACAAGGCCUCUGUGGUGGAGCUUGGGGCGGGGUACGAGGUGCACGGGGCGCAGUCCAGCAGCGACGAUGAUGAUGAUGAGGAGGAGGAGGAUGAGGAGGAGGAGGAGCUUGAGGGGGAGGACGAGGAGGGUAGCGCGGAGCAAGAAGGGGAGUCUGAGGAGGAGGAGGAAGCAGAGCAUGGCAGCAGCGGCGGCAGCGAGAGCGGCAGCGGCAGCGGAGGCAGCGAGGACGGCGCUGGAGCAAGAGCGAGUGGCUGGCCACACCGCCACCAGGGCGGUUGCUGCGGCAGCGAUGCGCCACACGCGCAUGCCCAGGCGCGCGGCUCUGGGCGGCGGCACGGCAGCCGGGAGGAGGACGGCUGCGAGGGCGGGCUGCCGGCUGUCAUGGGCAGCCGCCCGGCGAGCAUCUACGGCCUCACAUCAGCCAACGGCCUGCACCUGCGCCUCGAGAUGGCCAUAGUGGACCUGGAUGCCCACACCCUGCAAAUCGUGGCGGCCUCUGCUGUGCCUGCUGGGGCCGAAGUGCACAACACGUACGGCGAGCUGGGCAACGCGGAGCUGGUCAAGAAGUACGGCUUCGCCCUGCGGUACAACCCCUUCACCGCGGUACAGCUGGACAAGGCGGCGCUGCUGGCGGCGGCGCGCGGCGCGCUGGGCCCCGCCCGCUGGCGCCGCCGCAGCGGGCUGCUGCGGCGGGAGAGCGAUGUGUUGGAGGAAGGGGAGGAGCCUUUUGAGGCGCUGCCCAACGGCCACAUCAGUCCCGCUCUCUUUGUGGCGCUGCGCGUGCUGUGCGCGCCAGACGAGGAGGCCGCGGGCUGGAGCGGCAUCGCAGACGCCCUGCGCCUGCCUGCGGCAGCAGCAGGCCGGGCAGGCGGCGGCGGCCAGGAGCAGCCGCAGCCGGAGCUGGGGGCGGUGCAGGUGUGGCAGGUGCUGGAUGGCGACGGCCGACCGCUGGCGGCGGCGGCCGGCGCAGCAGCAGCAGCAGCAGCAGCCCCGGCAGCAGCAGGAGAUGGAGGGGAGCAGCCUGCCCAGGGUGCAGCGCAGCAGUAUGCGGCGCUGCUGGACAGAGGCAUGUGCGAGCUGUUGCAAGGCGCGGUGCGGCAGCGCCAGGACGAGUACGCCUCUCCUCUGGAGCAGGACUUGCGGCAGCUGGAGGCAGCAGCGCAGCAGGCAACUGCAGCAACAGCGGUGGCGGAAGGGGAGGAGCAGCAGGUGGCGCAGCGGUCCGCGCUGCUGCUGCGGGUCACAGAGCAGGAGGUGCUGCGAGACCUGCUGGCGGCGCUGGAGCGGCGCCUGGUGGCACUGCCAGGAGACGAGCAGGCGGCUGAUGGCCAAGCAGCGGGAGAAGGAGCAGCUGACGGCCAGCAGCAGCACCAGCAGCAGCACCAGCAGCACCAGCAGCAGGAAAGGAGGAAGCCAGCAGGGAAGCGGAAGGCGGGCGGCGCGGCAGCCAGCACACUGCAGAAUGCCCAGCCGAGCGACAGGGGAGUGCCGCGGCAGAAUGGAUCAGGGCGAUGA